UCUCUCAGCCUCAUUCUUCUCUCUGGCUCUCUGUCCCCCUGAGUUUGGUGCUGAGUGCGGUAAUGACCGCAGCGUGUAGAGCAGGAAGCUGAUCAGCUGGAAUAGAGCACAGGAAGGUGACAGGAAAGUGAAGUCUUGAGUCGGACAUCAGAGGGGAGAGAUCACGUGUGACUGGGGACCAUGACGACAGAGGUGGGAUCUGAAACAGAGGUGAAAAAAGAGCCGGAGAAGGCAGAGGAGCAGCCUGCAGAACCUGAACGACCAGCCAUCAACCAGACAGACAAGGUCAAGGUCGUUGAGGCCGCUGAGCAGUCCAAUGAAAGCCCCGCUCUGGCCACAGACUCAGCAGAGGCAAAGGAGAACCAGGAGGAGGCCCAGCCUGCCGACAACACCACAGGACCGGCGGGAGAGGAGCCCCCAGCCUCACCACUAGCUUCAGAGAAGAAAGGCAUUUCCAGGUUCCUCCCUCCAUGGCUUAAGAGGCAGAAGUCUCAGAGUGUGGUGGGACUCAAAGAGAGCCAGGUGACACCCAAGGAAGAGGGAGGUGUGGUUCUGGUGAACGGGGAGGGUGAAAAGGCGGAGCAGGUCAAAGCAGAGCAGACAUCAUCGACCACAGCAGCUGAGCCACAGGUUGAAGAAGAGGAAGUGAACGGCGAGGCGGAGCCAGAACAGAAAGAGGAAGUGAAUUCAGAGGAACACGCGGAGAAUCAUUCCACUGGCAGUGCAGAAACUCAGCCUGCUAAGGAGGAGAAAGCAUCAGAGAAAUCUCAGGAGAAGAGUGCAGCGGAGGAGGAGAAAAAAGAAACAGAGGAAGGAGGAGAGGAGAAGAAAGACCAGGAAGAGAGCUUGAAGCCCGAGGGAGGGCGUUAUUUUAUCAAGUCGCCUCUGAAACUGACCAAGAAGGUGAAGAUGGUGAUGUGUCAUGUGAUCAUGCUGGAUGGAAGCCAGUUCCCCUGUGAGGUGGAGAAACGGGCCAAAGGCCAGUACCUGUUUUUCAAAGUGUGUGAAGCCCUGAACCUACUGGAGAAGGACUACUUUGGGUUGAGUUACAAAAACGCUGACCAGAUGUGCUGGCUGGACCCUACAAAGGAGAUCAAACGUCAGAUCUGCAAUCCCUCCUGGCAGUUAGCGUUCAAUGUCAAGUUCUACCCUCCUGAUCCGUCCCAGCUGACCGAGGAUAUUACCAGAUAUCUCCUGUGCCUUCAGCUGCGGCAGGACAUAGUUUCGGGGCGUCUGCCCUGCUCCUUCGUCACCCACUCUCUGCUGGGUUCCUACUCCCUGCAGGCCGAGCUGGGAGAUCACGACCCCGAUGAGCAACGCCUUGACUACAUCAGCGACUUCCAGUUUGCCCCCUCACAGACUAAGGAGAUGGAGGAGAAGGUGGUAGAGCUCCACAAAACUCACAGGGGGAUGACUCCUGCUCAAGCAGAUACCCAGUUCUUAGAAAACGCCAAGAAGUUGUCGAUGUAUGGUGUCGAUCUCCACCAUGCCAAGGACUCUGAGGGAGUGGACAUCAUGUUGGGAGUGUGUGCCAAUGGCCUGCUGAUCUACAAAGACCGACUCCGGAUAAACCGCUUUGCCUGGCCAAAAAUCCUCAAGAUCUCCUACAAACGUAGCAACUUCUAUAUCAAAAUCAGGCCGGGAGAGACGGAGCAGUUUGAGAGCACCGUGGGCUUCAAGCUGCCCAACCACCGCUCUGCCAAGAGGGUCUGGAAGGUCUGCGUGGAGAAUCACACCUUCUUCAGGUUGAUGACUCAAGAAGCGCCCACUAAAGCCAAGUUCCUCACACUGGGCUCUAAAUUCCGCUACAGUGGGCGGACCCAGGCCCAAACACGACAGGCCAGCAUCCUCAUCGACAGGCCGGCACCCUACUUCGAGCGCACCUCCAGCAAGCGCAUCUCACGAAGCCUGGAUGGAGCGCCAGUGAUCAACAUGAUCGAGGCCCAGGACUCGGCCCCCACCUCUGUGGGGAACGGCAGGGAGCCUGGCCUGGAACUCUCCUCCGACUCCUCCAAGAGCGGAAAGUUGAGAGUGCAGGGGGAAAAUAUAUAUGUCAGACAUAGCAAUUUAAUGUUGGAGGACCUGGAUAAGACUCAGGAGGAUGUUUUGAAACAUCAGGCUAGCACUAGUGAGUUAAAGCGCAGUUUUAUGGAGGCCACCCCUGAGACUCGUCCCAGUCAAUAAAAGCGCCUCACUGCCAGCCCGGCUACCAGCCUGCGUCUGCAGGCCCAAGGGAGUUCAGAUGACAAACAGAAAUCAGACGAGACAACGUUGCAGGCAGCAGAGGUUGAGAUAGAAGAGACUGUAGUCGUCGAGGAGAUCAGGGUGGCACCCAAAGGCUCUGUCACCAUCACCACCCCCGAGGUGGUGGUCACCCCUGUCGCCGUGGAGACAGAAGUCGAGAAGCCCGAAGAGGAAGUGAUAGAGGAAGUGAUAGAGGAAGUGAAGGAGGAAGUUAAGGAGGAGCAGAAGAGGCCUGUGAGCGGGUCCUCAGACAGCCACAGUGAGAGCGAGGAAGAGGCAGGGGAGUACCACCCCCAGGUCACUGUCAGCACCUCAGUGGAACAGAUCAAAGAAGAGCCUGAGGAAGAGGAGGAGGAGGAGGAAGUGGACAACCAUGAAGAACCAGAGCAAGUUGCAGAGCCCGAACCACUCCCAGAGGUUGAGGUAGAGACCAUGCCUUCCCCUUCAGUAGUGGAAGAAAUGCCCAUGGCAGAGCCAGAGACAGCCCUUGUGGUCGAUGCCCCCGCUGAGGAGGAGCGCACAGAGGACAUCCUGGUUAUCCCUGAGGAGGCCCCUAAUGGGCAUGCUGAGGACCAGCCUGGCCUGGUGGCUGUGGAAGAAGAAGAAGAGGAGGAAGAGGAGGAGCCCAGAGUCAACGGGGACGCGUCUCACGCUGAGACGGAGCGCAUUCCUCAGGUUAUUUGUUGCUCUGAGCCACCUGUGGUGAAGACAGAGAUGGUGACCAUCUCAGACACGUUUGCGGCUCAGAAGACUGAGAUUGCCACUAAGGAGGUUCCCAUCGUGCACACCGAGACAAAGACCAUCACUUACGAGGCUGCACAGCUGGACGGCAGUGGAGACGGUGAACCAGGCAUUCUCAUGACCGCCCAAACCAUUACUUCUGAGUCGCUGUGCACCACCACCACCACACACAUCACCAAGACAUUAAAAGGUGGUCUCUCAGAAACCAGGAUCGAGAAGCGCAUUGUCAUCACCGGAGAUUCAGACAUCGACCACGAUCAGGCCUUGGCCCAGGCUAUAAAGGAAGCCAAAGAGCAGCACCCUGACAUGUCAGUGACCCGGGUGGUGGUCCACAAAGAGACUGAGCUGGCUGAGGAGGGCGAGGACUGAGGCACCAGAGCUGAAGAGCCUGUGAAGUUCAUACAUGGAUGUUUGAGAAAGUCCUGUCAUCUCCCAAACUGAGAGUCAACCUGGUGAGAAGAUGAGGUGAAGACAACAGAGGCUGAACUCCUAUGUGUCUGUUUCAUCACACGCCUUCCUUUUUUUUAUCACUCAGAAGAGAACCACUUAGCUAAUGUUUGUAGUGUGUUUUUAAAAAUGGCUAUCAUUGUUAAAACCAGAUAGGAUUUAUCAAGUGGUAAUUUUUAUUGUUGUGCAGUAUUCACAUUCCUAGUAUGUACAGACAGCUGGUGUUAUGAGAAAGUACAUUUCAAUAUCUAGCUUCCUGGAUUCUUGCAUCUGUAUGUGGACAGGAAGUAAGACUAGGUGGAUAUUAGCUUUGGACCUAGUCUUGUUCUAUGUUCUUAGAGCCAGAUGUUUAUCAGUUUUUUUUGGGGGGGGGGGGGGGGGGGACAGAAUAACAGCAAAUUAAUUUAAUUGGGGGAGUUUCCAAGGGACCAGCAAAGGGUGAAGCACUGUGUCAUUUUGUACAUUGCAAUACAGUGCCAACACGUGUUCUUCUCUAUGCAUUCAAAACUGAAGCAUUCCAUUAAAGUGCAGGUGCUUUUCCAAUACCUCACUCAGAAAAAAAAAACUGUAAAAUUAAAAGCUUGGACACUUUUUUUUCUGUGACUUUCUGGCAUCAUUAAUCAUAAAUGUAUUUGUAGAAUUUUUUGGGGGGGUCUUUUAAACUUGUUUUUUGUGUAUUUAUCUGUAAACUGAUUUACUGUAGAUGUUGAUGAGGUGUGUUUGCCCCUUUUAAAAAAAAUAUAUUUUUAAUAUAUUUCAGAGUUUUUUUGACAGCUAAAAGAAACACAGUUGCCACCAUUUUAACAUUUUACCUGUAGAUUAAAGUGAUGGCUGCCUAGUGCUCUCUGCAGUCUGACCAACCCCACCAAGUCCAAUGACGGCAUCAAUUAGCUCUUUGGACCAUGUGUAUAGCAGAUCAUCUUAGAUAUUCAGCAGCUUGAAAAUUGUUUUCCCCCUCUCCAUCACAGCCACCUAACCCUCUGUGUAACACUGAAAUAAACAUUUGUUAUUCUCUAA